AGUAUUAUGGUUUGGGGGUGUGUCACUUCUAAAGGUGUUGGGACUCUUCAUAGGAUUGAGGGUAAGAUGGAUACAGAGAUGUACACACAAAUCCUGCAGAGUUCACUUCUCUCUACCUUGAAGAAACUCAGAAUCACUAAGAAGUAUACUCAUUUUGCUCAGGACAAUGAUCCUAAGCACAAGUCUAAACUUGCUACUACUUGGUUUGAGUCUCAUCAUGUUCAUCUUCUUCCAUGGGCUUCUAGUUCACCUGACAUGAACAUUAUAGAGUAUGUAUGGGACUAUGUAGAUACUAUGGUUCGUGCUAGAAAGGAGCAGCCAAAGAAUAAGGAGGAAUUUUGGAAGGAAUGGUACAAAAUCCCUCUUUCUUCUAUUUCCAAACUUUAUGAUUCUAUGCCCAGUAGAGUAGAAGCAUUGAAGAAAGCAAGGGGUGGAUACACUAAAUACUAA